UAGCCGGAGAGAAGAACAGGGAGAUUUAUCUUCACCGAGGCUGUGCUGAGGAGGGAUAAGAGCCGCGGCGUUUUCCCUGGAUGUCUGUCUCUCGGUACUUCUAUUUUUUUGCUUACAUCCCCCCUCUCUUAUUUAAUUGUCGCUCUUCUUGGCUGGCACUGCAAUGUGGCUGUCUCUGCAGUGAAAGUGCUGCCUGGCAGAUUCUCCUUGAGUGAACCCUGGUUGCGCAGUGAGUGCUGCUCUGCCUCCGUCCUGUCCACACUGACUCAGCUGUGCAUGCAGUUGGUCAGCCCCUGAGUGAGCACCAGCUGCAGGAGCAGUCCCUUCUAAAGGAGUGCUACCCUGAAACAGCUGCAGGUGCAACACUUGGAGUACAAGCAUCCACAGAGCAGCUUCCUGAUUUUUCCAGUGGACAGAGAGUAUUCUCCUAGCUUUCGGGGCCAGUGUUGGAUACUGCAGCAUCAUUUGUUUUGGAGCAGCUCUAGCAGCCAUGGAGGUCCGGUGGAUUGGGGUUGAACCCGUGAGGCUGGGCCCUCCACACACAACCUGUGGCCUGGUCUUCUCUUUGCUGCUUGUGCCGUGCACCUAUGCCAGCUGUAUUGGCAUUGAAAAUCUCUACUUCAACUGGCAAUUCAAUGACAACGGCACCAUGCAAAAGGUCUGUGAGUCAGUGAUACCUUCAGAGGGGGUGGUGCCAGAUGUGACUAUAUUCCGGGAGCGUGUGGAGUUUGUGGGGAAAAACCAUCAUAAUAACGUCUCCAUCUUGUUGUUGAACAUCACCUUUGAGGACGGGGGACAGUACACGUGUUUUGGACGCAAUCCCAAAGAGCACCACAAGAACCAUAGUGCCAUCUUCAACCUCAUAGUGGUUGACGAGUUGAGGGAGGUGGACAACACGCUGACCAUCAUCAUAGCUUCUGCUGUGGGUGGGGCCAUCGCACUGCUGAUGGGCUUCAUGCUGCUCAAGAACUUCACUCUCUUUGUUCUCGCCAAGCUUGAGGAGAAUAAGGAGUGCCUUGUAACUUCAUCAGGGAUCGACAACACAGAAAAUGGCCUCUCAGGAUCCAAAGCUGAUUCAAAACCAACACCAAAAAAGAAAUGAGACAGUGCAUGUAAAAACAAGUGUAUAUAAAUAUGACAGUGCUCAUAUUUAUAUACCUUCUCUGGAUAUUUGUAUAUGCUCAUGUGUUUGCGCACAUGCAAAUUCAUUAUGUUCAAGUUAAAAGCUUAACUCUGGUUGUGGCCUUCAGAGAGGGAAAUUAUAUCAAAUGUGUAAAGAGAAGUAACUGUCCAGAUUAUGUACAACAAUGUUAUUUAAAAUGUGCACAUCAUUUUUGCAUAACUGCAUAAUUUACAUAAACAGUAGCAGAUUAGAGAUUAGAUGAAACUUUAUUAAUCCCUCGGGUGGGUUCCUCCGGGAAAUUCAGUUUCCAGUAGCACAGCACCGACAGAAGUUGCAUGUUACAGAGUUGGAAUACCAAAUAAAGGGGAAACAACUAACACUUGACUUAUUUAGGAUAUCCAGACACUAACUGAGCCUGAUGAAAUGUAACAAACAGGUAAUAUAUUGAGGCUUGGUGGAACACAUCAGAAAUCUCAAAUGAUCAUUAUCCCCAUGUUGUCUUUGUGGGUGGGUCAACGUCACUGCUCCAGCAACAGCAGUGAAGGUUUGAGCUUAAAUGGACUCAACAACACAAUACAACAUGAAGAAAGAAGAUACUUUACAAAAGACUAUGUAUUUCAGGAACUUGAAAUUAGUUUAAGUGAUUCAUUUCCUAUUAUUUUACGGGCCCUGUAAAACAAGACGUUUGAAUAAGUUCUUAAAUGAAUAUUUGGGAAUUCAAUUCACAACUACAGUCUUAAUCUGAUACACUGUUACCAAGCUGUGAAAAAAUAGUAAUAUAUCUGUCGGCAUAAUUUGUUGUUCUUUUGUGUUUAUACUUUGACCAUUACGUAUUAUUUUAUAUACACAAUUGAUACCAAAUUUAAAUGUUGCUUUGUGUUAUACGGCAGUAUAACACAAAUAUAACACACAGUAUAUAGCUAUGUGAAAAAGAAAGUACGCCCUUUUUCAGUUCUAUGUUUGUAUAUCAGGACAUAACAACAACAACAACAAUAAUAAUAGUAACAAAUGUACUUAGUGUGUACACUAAGUACAUGAUUCAUUAGCUUGUACAAUCAUAUUUAACGGCAAUAAAUUGAAGAGGUCAGUGUCUCUCAUGUUGUUUUUAGAGGAAUUCUUUAGUCCACUGAGAUGUGCAGGCAUUCAGGCACUGUAUGUCUGCACACCUCUACACUCAUAAGUACUACCUCAGCAUUUUUGUUUCUUUUUCAGCCAUUCUGUACAUUGCUUUACCCAAUGUAGACCACGGCUUUAGCUGUCAGACAAAUGGCUUCACAUUUAACAUCAAGCUGACUCUAGAAUAUUUUUGUAAUAAGAGGAGUUUGUGGUUGACUCCGUAACUGUGAGGUAUCCAGGUCCUGUGGCUGAAAUCAGCCAAAUCACCACACCGCUACCACCACGUUUUACAGUUGGUGUGAGGUGUUUUUUGCUGAUGUGCUGUGUUUGUGUGGUAUUGUGCAUUAUAGCCAAAUGUCUCC